AUGGACCAAUGCAAAAGGCCGCGCUCCCCACUGCGUCCGCCGAUUGUUAAGGACUACAGGCCCUACACCGGGCGGCAGCUCGUACAUCGUCUACCCUUUGUCGAAGACUUCAAACACAAUAUACACAAAAGUAGCUGGGAUCUGUUCUACCGCAACAAUACUAUCAACGGCUUCAAGGAUCGAAAUUAUAUUCUCCGCGAGUUUGUAGAGUUGCGUGAAGCUAUUAUGGGGUCCAGUAGUGCUGAACAAGCAGCGAUAUCCGCAGAUGUGGAGCUUCACUCAUUUUCAGGAGCGACUUCGCUCCCACACAGCUGUGAGAAGACUAAUCUCAAGCCCUUUUCCUGGAUGGAAGCGGGAUGCGGUGUAGGCAACGCUAUGCUCCCCAUAUUCAAACAAUUUGGACAUUUAUCACACUGGCGCUUACUCCUAGGAUUUGAUAUUUCUAAGGUCGCCAUUAAACUGUUGAAUGAUAAAAAAGCGUCCCUACCUCGGGCUUUGCAGGAAAAACUUCAUGUCUUUGAAUUGAAUCCAUGUGAGCAACGAAUUGCAGAGGGUAUUUUCCCUUCUCCUUCUCCUUCCGGUGACACCAACGCCCACUCAUCGACAGACUUCUCUAAUUUCCUGUUUAACCCAAUUGUGAACUUUGUUUCAAUGAUAUUUGUGCUAAGCUCCAUACCAGUAUCUCUCCACGCCACAGUUCUAAGGCGUAUCGCGGAGUCUAUGGUUCGCCCCGGUGGUAUUUUUUUCUUUCGUGAUUAUGCUCGAUCUGACCUCGCAGAGAAGCGCUUUCAGUCUCGCAAGCAAGGUGCAAUCGACACCCUAAUGGAAGGCAGAAACUACGUUGAUGACAAAUUUAGUGAAAAAACGGAGUUAAGCAUCUUUACACGAACCAAUGGCACGCUAAGUCAUUUCUUUUCCAAGGAGGAGCUUGAGAAGUUAUUUACAUCCGUUGGAUUUAGUGUAAUUGAGAUACGCGAGGUGAACCGUGAGGUAACGAAUCGUAAGGCGGCACUUUGUUUGUCACGUAAAUUUCUCCAGGGACGAUUUCGUCUUGAAAAGAUAGACAUUUGA